UGUACACUUGUCUUGAAUUCCCAAAACCAUACAAAAUAAUUUAUUUUUUUUAAAAAAAAUGGCCACUAUACUUAAUAAUAAUACAUAAUCAAUUAAUAUCAUGCCCAAUUCCUCUACCACUAAAAAUUUCAAAAACCUCUCCCUUCACCGGCGCCGGCGUCUUCAACGGAGCUCCGACAUGUCCCCUUUAUUUGCAAUUGUCUCACUGAUCAUACUUAUAAUCAUACCGACUAUCGUAUUCGCUUUCAUCUACGCUAUGAAACACCCGGAUAAUGUUUUCCGGCGAAGCUCCGGCGAAACUUCCGGUGAGUCGACCACCGGAAUUAUUACACAACAUACGGAUAUGUUAUCGACUGUGAAGUAUGAAAAAAGAACAUCGCCGGAGAAGGAGGAAGAUCCCGGCAAUGAGUGUCCGGUGUGUUUGACGGCGUUUAUUGACGGAGAAGAAGUUAGACAAUUGAUGACGUGUAAACAUAUUUUUCAUUUUUCUUGUAUUGAUAAAUGGCUUUGUUCUAAAUCAAGUUGUCCGGUUUGCCGUGCUGCCGUUACCGUUAAACGGCCUAAACGGCCGGCGGUGAACUUCGACGACGAUUUCCGGCAAGGUUUGCCGGAUGCUGCUGCGUUAGUUUGAUUGUUGUAAUGCAAUUUUUACAUUUUGUUCGAGUUCAACUGAAUUUAUUACUUUUGACAAUUAUUAUGUAUAUAUUUAUGUGAAGAAUUAGAUUAUUUA